AUAUCAAACUAACAUAUUCAACAGUUCGCAACCUCAAACUAACCUUAGACAAUUCUUAUACUAUCUUAACAAAUACCCAAUUAGAUCCUAACGAACAUAACACCGGAGUCACAUUAAUAUUUAAAAAAUAUAUAGCUGAUCACAUCUUUAACUACAGUGGUUUUUGGGGAAGGAUCAUCUAUGCAGACAUCCAACUUCAAAAUAAAUAUCGUAUUCAUAUUAUCAAUUUGUAUAUUACCCCUCCAGACAAUAUUCUUCGAAAAAAAUUAUAUUCAAAAUUAUCCUUUCUUUUUAGUCAAGCAGCUGAGCUUUUUAUGCAGGUGAUCUUCAUGAGCAAUCUUAACACUGAACCUAGAAGGCACUUCAAUCCUAAACAUUCUAAUCAAUUUUUUCGAAACCUGGCAAAUUGUAAUCUAUUCAAUAUUGGAGAUAUCUGCUAUGAUGAUGCUAAUACAAGACUCCCUACCUUCCAUAGAAAUGGCUGCAACCCAAGUAGAAUCAAUCAUAUAUACUGCUCCACCGAAUUAGCUGCGCAAACAAUUGAAGUAUCUUCUACUCCAACAGAUCUUUCUGACCACUAUUUACUUAUUGCCACCUUGGAAUGCCCGGAACUAGUAACCAAAAAAUCAUCCUCUCCAAUCAAAAAAAUCGGUCUGAGUAAUUUUACAUGCAAAAGUAACAUUAAUUUCUUCUGGAAUCAAAUACAGAGCAUUAUUAUUACUGCAGCCGAUCUCACGAUACCCGUUAGACAAUCUAGUACCCACUCUAAAGAUAUCUGGCCAACGCUUUUGAAACAUGCAUAUAGUACACUUAAAAGCUUACAAAAAUGGUUGAAAAUCACCAAUGAGAUUCUCAAAAUGCAGACCUUUAAAAUAGAAUGGAAUAAAUUUAUUGUUAAAAUCUCACCAAUUGCCCAAGAAAUGCAAAUUUCCUUUUUAAAACAUGGCGAUCCAUUAACUAAG